AUGAAGAGGGCUGCUGGCACGCUGAAGAAUAUCACUCUUGAAAUCGGCGGUAAAUCGCCGCUCCUCGUUUUCCCAGAUGCGGAUACGGAACAGGCCAUCAAGUGGUCUCACGUGGGGAUCAUGUCAAACAAAGGCGAGAUCUGCACUGCUACAUCGCGGAUUUUCGUCCACCGCGAUAUCAUGGAGAAAUUCACUGCCGAUUACAAGGCAGCAGUGGAGGGAGUGAAAAUUGGUGAUCAGUGGGAUCAGUCUGUCUUUCAGGGGCCGCAGGUGACACGCGUGCAAUAUGAUCGUAUCCUCGCCUACUUCCAGAUUGCUAAGAGCGAGGGGGCAAUUAUUCUCACUGGAGGUGCGGCACAUAAGCCAACUGAUGCGAAGAACGAGAACGGGUACUUCAUUCAACCCACCGUCAUUAUUAAUGCGACCGACUCUAUGCGCAUUGCCCGUGAAGAAGUGUUCGGUCCGGUAGUGGUGAUUUUCCCCUUCCAUGAUGAGGAAGAAGCUAUCCGUCGCGCCAACGAUACUACUUACGGUCUUGGUGCGUCUGUGUUCACGUGCGACUUGGAGCGCGCACACCGCAUAGCUGCGGAGAUUGAGUCUGGUAUGGUGUGGAUUAAUAGUAGCCAAGACUGCGAUCCGCGUAUUCCUUUCGGUGGUGUGAAGCAGAGUGGUAUUAGGCGGGAGUUGGGUGAGGCGGGCCUAGAGGCAUAUAGUCAAACUAAGGCUGUCAAUGUAAAUAUGGGGACCACGUUAUGA